GUAAAGUUCUCCUUGAUGUUUGUUCUGUUCCAGAGGGCUGAAGAGAAUGCACACGCUUUUCUAGACAAGGAGCUGAAGAAGCUCUGGAGGGAUCUCUUCUCAGAUUACCCACAAUGCUCAGAGAGUCAGAGGGAGGACGAGGAGGAGGAUGGUAAGAUCGAGGAGCAGAGGAGGCGCGCCAUAGAGGGAGUGGUAGACAUCACAAAGCUCUGCCUGAUGGAGAUGAACCAGGAGGAACUGGCCGACAAGCUGGGGAGUGGAGCUGUUGCGGUCCAGUGGCAACAUGAACUCAAGGCUCAUCUGAAGAAGAAGUUCCACUUUGUGUUCGAGGGAAUCGCUAGAGCAGGAGAGCAGAGACCUCUGAAUGAGAUCUACACAGAGCUCUUCGUCACAGAGAGAGGUAGUGGAGAGGUCAACAAGGAACAUGAGGUCAGACUGAUUGAAAAGGAUUCCAGGAAGCAAGCCAAUGAGGAAACACCAAUCAGAUGUGAAGACAUCUUUAAACCUUUACCUGGACAAGAUAAACCAAUCAGAACAAUAAUGACAACCGGAGUGGCCGGCAUUGGUAAAACCGUCUUAACACACAAGUUCACUCUGGACUGGGUCGAAGGCAAAGCAAACCACGACCUUGACUUCACAUUUCUCCUCACUUUCAGAGAACUGAAUUUAUUGAAAGGGAAAGAGUUUAGCUUACUCGAACUUCUUCAUCAUUUUUCUGUUGAAACCAAAGAAUCAGGAAUCUACAGAUACGACCAUGACCAAGUGGUCUUCAUCUUGGAUGGUCUGGAUGAGUGUCGACUUCCUCUGGACUUCCAGAACAACCCGAUCUGGACUGAUGUCACAGAGCCGACCUCAGUGGACGUGCUGCUGACAAACAUCAUCAGGGGAGUCCUGCUUCCCUCUGCCCGCAUCUGGGUAACCACACGCCCUGCCGCAGCCAAUCAGAUCCCUGCUGAGUGUGUUGACAUGGUGACAGAGGUGAGAGGGUUCAACGACCCACAGAAGGAGGAGUACUUCAGGAAGAGAUUCAGAGAGGGGACACUGGCCACCACAAUCAUCUCUCACGUCAAGAAAUCUCGAAGCCUCCACAUCAUGUGUCACAUCCCAGUCUUCUGUUGGAUCACUGCAACAGUUCUGGAGGACUUCUUCAAUACAUCCAAGGGAGGAGAAGAGGUGCCCAAGACCGUGACUCAGAUGUACAGCCACUUCCUGAGGGUUCAGUCCAUACAGGGGGACAGGAAGUAUCAUGGGAGAGCUGAAACUGAUCCACACUGGAGUUCAGAGAGCAGGGAGAUCAUUGUUUCUCUGGGGAAACUGGCUUUUAACCAGCUGGAGAAAGGCCAGCUGAUCUUCUACGAGGCAGACUUGGCAGAGUGUGACAUCGAUAUCAGAGCAGCCUCAGUGUACUCAGGAGUGUUCACCCAGAUCUUUAAAGAGGAGUGUGGACUGCACCAGGACAGGAUUUUCUGCUUCGUCCAUCUGAGCAUCCAGGAGUUUCUGGCUGCCCUUUAUGUCUUUCUGUCCUACAUCAACACUGGUGUCAACCAGCUCUUAGAAGAACAUCCAACCUCCAGGGAAGCUGAACUCCUCCUCCUCUACCAGAGUGCUGUGGACAAGGCCUUACAGAGUGAGAAUGGGCACCUGGACUUGUUCCUCCGCUUCCUCCUGGGCCUCUCUCUAGAGACCAAUCAGAUGCUCCUACAAGGUCUGCUGGGACCAAGAGGAAGUAAAUUGCUGGGCAAUCUAACUAAAAAAGAUCCACUGGGACAGACAGGAAGGAGGUCACAAAUCAAUACCCAAAUAGUCCAUUACAUCAAGGAGAAGAUAGGUGGAGAUCUCUCUCAAGAGAGAAGCAUCAAUCUGUUCCACUGUCUGAAUGAGCUGAAUGACAGUUCUCUAGUGGAGGAGAUCCAACAGUACCUGACAUCAGGAAGUCUCUCCACUGCAUCUCUCUCCUCUGCUCAGUGGUCAGCUCUGGUCUUCAUCGUACUGACAUCAGAAGAGCAGCUGGACGUGUUUUACCUGAAGAAAUACUCUGCUUCUGACGAGGGUCUUCUGGGGCUGCUGCCACUGAUCAAAGCCUCCAAAACAUCUCUGCUGAAUUCCUGUGAUCUGUCAAAGGGAUGCUGUGAAGCUCUGGCCUCAGCUCUCAGCUCCAACUCCUCUAGUCUGAAACACCUGGACCUGAGUUCCAACGAUCUGCAGGAUUCAGGAGUGAAGCUGCUCUCUGCUGGACUGGGGAGUCCACACUGUCCACUGGAAACUCUCAGGCUUAAUGGCUGUGGUCUGUUAGAGGAAUGCUGUGAAGCUCUGGCCUCAGUUCUCAGCUCCAAAUCCUCUAGUCUGAGAGAGCUGGACCUGAGUACCAAUGAUCUGCAGGAUUCAGCAGUGAAGCUGCUCUCUGCUGGACUGGGGAGUCCACACUGUACACUGGAAACUCUCAGGCUGAAUGUCUGUCAGCUCUCAGAGAGAUGCUGUGAAGCUCUGGCCUCAGUUCUCAGCUCCAACUCUUCUCGUCUGAGAGAGCUGGACCUGAGUACCAAUGAUCUGCAGGAUUCAGGAGUGAAGCUGCUCUCUGCUGGACUGGGGAGUCCACACUGUACACUGGAAACUCUCAGGUUGUCUGGCUGCCAGGUCACACAGGAAGGCUGUGCUUAUCUGGCCUCCGCUCUGAGCUCCAACCCCUCCCAUCUGAGAGAGCUUGACCUGAGCUACAAUCACCCAGGAGACUCAGGAGCUGCGCUGCUCUCUGCUGGACUGGAGGAUCCACGCUGGAGACUGGACACUCUUAGUGUGGAGCACAGUGGAGUGUGGAGGCUGAAACCAGCUCUAAAGAAGUAUGCCUGUGAACUCACACUGGACCCAAACACAGCCCACAGACGACUCUCUCUGUCUGAGGACAGCAGGAAGGUGACGUGGGUUGAAGAGGACCAGUCGUAUCCGGAUCACCCAGAGAGGUUUGACGCCUGGGGGCAGGUGUUUUGUAGAGAGGGUCUGCCUGGCCGCUGCUACUGGGAGGUAGAGUGGGGAGGACAGGUUUAUAUAGGAGUGGCAUACAGAGGAAUGACAAGGAGAGGAGCGGGUACUGACAGCUGGCUGGGAUGGAACAACAAGUCCUGGUGUCUUGUUUGUCAUGACGACAAUGAUGGUGCUACCUACACUGCCUAUCACAACGGUAGUUCAACAUCCAUGCGUCUCCCCCCCCCUCGCUCUAACAGAGUAGGAGUGUAUCUGGACCGGCCUGCUGGCUCUCUGUCCUUCUACAGAGUGUCCCCAGGUGGAGGAGGGUCCUCAGACACACUGACACACAUCCACACCUUCCAGGCCUCCUUCACCCAGGAGGUCCUCCUCCCUGGGGUUGGGUUAGAAAAGAGUGGUUCCUCAGUGUCUCUGGGAGUGUCCAUUGUAGAUACACAAACACACACACAGACCCAUUGAAAAGCACACACAUGUAGACAGUCAUAAACACAC